AUGUUGACAGAAGAGUUGAAUGAAGAAACCAGGAUUAUCAUUGAAAAUACAUGUGAGGCAUGUAGAUUAGAUAGGGGAACAUCAAGACUUGUAUUACAGGAUGAACUUGACUCACUCACACAUACUUUCAUAAAGAAAAGAAUGAUAGAUGACUGGUCAAAGGGCAAAUUACAAGAUGUAUUUAGUAACAUCAAUAUGAAGAUACCUCAGUUCAGACAGAAAUUGCUCUGUUAUUUAAAAACACAAGAUAUAUCCCACCAGACAAAACUGGCAAAUAUCUGUGAUAAACGUAAACCAUUAUUUAAAAACCAUUAUAAUACGUAUAACUAUGAUAAUGAUGAUGAUGAUAAUUAUACCUAUGCAUCAUCUGUAUAUACCUUUGAAACUUCUUUAUUACAUUGUUGUUAUUUAGGAGAUAUUUCUUUUGUCAAGUGGUGUUGUGAUCAUGGUGUAGAUGUAAAUGGAUGUUCAUCUCAUGAUCAGGCUUUUGAAAAUAGAUAUACGUGUAUAGAAAUAUUAAAGAUGUUUUUACACAGAGGAGUAGACUAUAAUAAAUGUGACAGGUAUUGUGUGUCACCUGUAAUGACUGCAUGUGAAAAUGGACAUAUAGAAAUAGUUAAGAUGUUGUUAGACAGAGGAGCAGACUAUAAUAAAUGUGAUAAAGCUGACAGUUCACCUUUAAUUAAGGCUUGUGAACAUGGUCAUACAGAAAUAGUUAAGAUGUUGUUAGACAGAGGAGCAGACUAUAAUAAAUAUGGAAGGAAUGGUGAGUCACCUGUAAUGAAGGCUUGUGAAAAUGGUCAUACAGAAAUAGUUAAGAUGUUGUUAGACAGAGGAGCAGACUAUAAUAAAUAUGGAAGGAAUGAGGAGCAGACUAUAAUACAUGUGCUAGAGGAGGUGAUUCACCUGUAA